AAAACAAUGUUCGACCCAUCUGAUUUUCCUUACAAAGAGUUGACUGAAUCUAUAAGUGAGCAUUACAGCGCAGAUGAUCUUAUUUUUAACAGUGACGCUGUGGUCACUGAUUCUGUAUUAAAUGAUAAAGAUCUUGUAAAAGUUACAGAAGAAAUUAUUUCAACAGUAGAAAAUCAUUUAUCAUUUAAUUCUAAUAAUUCUGGCCGGUUUUUUAAUGUUGAUAACACUUCCAUUUUGGACAUAGAACAAAACUCAGAAUUAUACGUUGUGCAAUCAGAUAAUUCAUACAACUAUGAGCCUAUAUUACUAGACGAUAAUAUAGUCAACCAAUUUUUACUUCCUGUUCAAGCAUCUUCAGAUAAAAACAAGGCUGCAGAAAAUAUAGAUCCCGAUAUAUUAGCGUUACAUUCGUGCGUUAUAUGCCACGAAAUAUUCACUACCGAUACGGAUUUACUUGAUCACACAAUUUCUACACACACUUCCGAUCACCCAUUGGAGCACGAAACGAGUCCUUUAUUGCCUUCUGCUAUCAAUAAUACUUUGGAAGUUGUUUUUACUACAGAACCAAAUAUCAGUUCCGAGUGCGAUUGGCUGGUGUGCGGUGUGUGCGAGCGAGUGCUGUCGACCGCGCUUGAAUCCGAACCCCGCGAGCUACUAUGUUGCUCGGAUAUCAGUGGCAAAGGUUCCGUGGGUUCGCGAAGGCUCAGUUCUAUGUUCGUGUGCGAAUACUGCAGUUACUUGUUCGCAACCGGGGAAGCGUUAGAUCGACACCGACUGACAUGCUUCGGGCAAGAAGAUUUCUACCCGAUACAAUCAGAGGAAACAAUUUUAGAAACAAACAUAUUACCAAUUUCCGAAAAUUAUAUAUUUUGUAAUAUUUGCGGCAAGCAAUGUGAUAACGAGGAACAAUUAAAAUUUCACGAGAUUGAAAGUCACAAGCCAACGACCAGGCAACGCCGUCCGUACAACACUUGCAACAGCAACAAGAUGUGGAACUGUGGAUCUUGUAAUCAACUUUUCGCUACAGCCAGAGAGCUCUAUCGUCACAAGCGGGGCGAAGACCGCCCGCCCGGCUCGCCGCUCAUGGCGUAUGUCUGUGAGGAAUGUGACAAGGUUUUGGGGAGCAUGUGCGCUUUGCACACACAUAAAAAAAUGCAUAAAGUAACAAAGCCUGGUUACCCAUGUAGAGUCUGCGGUCGUCGAUUUAACCAGUCCGGCCACUUGGCAAUUCAUAUGCGUAUGCACACUGGGGAGCGACCGUAUCCUUGCGACCUGUGCUCGAAGGCCUUUAAAGUUAAGGUGGAGCGCGACGACCAUCGGCGGACGCACACCGGCGAACGCCCCUUUGCGUGCGCCGCCUGCCCCAAGACGUUCACUGCCGCUGCACGCUUGCGUGAACACGCGCGCAUACACACCGACCAAAGGCCAUACAAAUGCGAUAUUUGUGGCGCUGCAUUCCGAAGGCCCUACGCUCGUACCGUCCACACUCUAAUACAUACAGGGGAGAAGCCACACGAGUGUGACGUGUGUGGAACUGCCUUUAGACGUUCGGGAGAUAUGUGGAAGCAUAAAAGAACACUACACGGCAUUCAGGCAAAUGGCAGUGAUGCAAAAUAGAUUAAAUAAAAUAUUCUACGAUGAAAUCUGAUCAACUUUAUAGAGAUUUCCAAACAAGUUUUGUGCAGCCAAUGAGGAUAAUCUGUCAAUUUUUUAAAUUCUGCAACAGAAGAACUUUAGCAUUUCAAAUAAUUAUGGUCAACGACGUAUCUUUAAUUCUUAGAAGUAUCACGGAAUGCCAUGAGCUACAAUUGACAAAUGACAUCAGAAAUGACGUACUAUAACCACCAUAAUGUAUGCCUUGUAUAAAUGUUUGUCAUUUUUUUU